GGUUUUACACAAGAUUCCCAAGCUAUACAACAUUUAUACGAUAUACUAUCAUCGUAUACUCGCGAUGAGCAACGAUUAUUCCUGCAAUUCGUUACCGGCUCGCCACGUUUGCCAACCGGCGGCUUCAAAUCGCUAACACCACAGCUAACCAUAGUGCGUAAAACGCUUGAUGGUAAUCAAAAUCCAAAUGAUUAUUUACCAUCGGUGAUGACAUGUGUGAACUAUUUAAAAUUACCCGAUUAUUCGAGUCGAGAAGUGAUGCGACAGAAACUGAAAGUUGCGGCAAAUGAGGGUAGCAUGUCGUUCCAUUUAUCGUAAAUACGCAAUGUUGCGAAACGAAGAAGUUGGCAAGUAAAAUGAUGUAAGUUAGCAAUCAAAUUGAAUAGUCGGGUGAUAUCGUUAAACCUGAGUUUAACGUGAAUAAAACUAGAAGUAACUGGAAAACUAUGCACCAAGCAAAGGAAACAUUUUGAAAAGCCAAAAACCAGUUAUAUGUACAGAAACAAAUAAACACACACACUCCCUUACAUACAUUGAUACACACCCACACAAACAUUUGAAAUAUAUUCUUAAUUACUGAAUUCAAUAUGAAAUAUGAAAUUAAUUUAAUGGAAAAAGAAUAAAUAAAAUAUAAAAUGGGAAUAAAACAUGUCAGCCAAGAAAAUUUGAACUAUAAAAUUAGAGUUGAAGCAGAGUGUUUUUAACGCACAAGCGCAAACGUUACACAAGCUUACAUACUACAUUCUUACUCAAGACGUGAACACGCAAUAACGCAAAUUAUAAAAAUUUAUUGCGUUCAUACACGUUGAAGAGGAUGCGUUUGAAUGCGAGCGCAGGAUUUUGAAUAGAAAAUUUAUUUAAUCAAGCUACGAAGAAACUCGAGCGCUAGAAAACUAGGCAGUGACUGUGCUUAUAAACGUUGUAUGUACUGUAAAUUCGUUGCAAAUACACAUACAAAAAAUUUAUAUUAACAUUGUGAUGAUAAUAUUUUUUAUGCAGUAUAGGAAGUAAAAUUAAGGGAAGUAAACGCGUAAAGAAUGGCAACAAAAUUUCGAAGCUAAAUAAUUAGGCAAGCCAAGGAUUUAAAAAUAAUGGCGAUGGAAAGAGUAGCAAACGUAAACGAUAGAUAAUCAAACUUAUAGAUACUUGGACUUAUUAAAUUCAUAAUUCUUGUGGAGUAAUGAUAAAGCGGAGCUAGAUACAAAUAUGUUUUUUUUUUAUAAUGGCGAAGUGCUUUAAAUUUGUUUGUGUGAAGUAGUUGUGCUUAUUAUUAUUUUCGUUUAGCUUAUUAUUGAUUUAUACGAUUUAAAACUAAAUUUAGUGUUAUGUAACUGUUUUGUUAAUACAUAUGUACAUACACACAUACAUUUGUUCUUGAGCAAAUCUUCAUGUAUUUUUUCUAUUCUGUCACGUAUUUAUACCAACGAGAAGUGUACAUGUAUUAUAGCUUAUAUGUCUUAUGUAUUGAUACACUACAGGUACUUACACCUACAUAAAUUUGCAAGAGGAAAACACAAAAAGAGUUUUACAAAUUAGCUAAAAACACGUUUAGUUUUUGUAAUACCCGCCAGUAAUACUUGAAAUAUUCAUAACAUAUACAUAAUAUAUAUAAUCUUAACUAGCUGAAUGAAGAGAGAAAAUACAGCAUAGUUUUAGGCAAAGUUGCGUAUUCUAAAUGCAGAUACUAGUGAAGAGACAAAUGUGCGCAGUGGACAAACAGCAAUUUUAGUUUACUUUCCCGUGCUACUACAUGCGAGAAACAUAGUCAUACAUACUUCUAAGCAACUAUUAGCAACGAGGGUGUGGUGGCUCUUCAAUAGGGCAUAUGUGUGCAUAUACAUGUACAUAUGCAUAGGAACAUACAGAUAUUUCAUAUAAAUACCUAACAUAGCCGUUUAGCAAAAAGUGUAAGCAUACUUAUGCAUUCUUAUACACAUAUUCAUACAUACAAUAUGAACAUGCAAUCAAUUUAAGUGAGAUUUAGGCUAAGUGAAUAACAGGAUUAAUUCGUGCGCACGCUCGACCACAUAUUUCAAGUGUAUUAAUUGUAAAACAGUUAAAUCCAUAAAUAUUAGUGCCGAUUCGUUAGUUAAGCACAAAACCCAUUGGCUGAUUUCACAAGACACUACGAUACAUCAGCCGUGUCGCUGGCGUUUCUCUUAUUUUCCACUGCUGGCGUUUUGUAUUUUAGUAGUCCGUGUUCUACAAUUUUUUAAUUUUUAAUGAUCUUCGUUGUUCUUUAACUUGCCUUAUCCUUAUCGUUUUUUUGAGUUAAUGCAAUCACUUGUAAUUGUCCUUGAAUACGUUUUUUUUUUCGCUGGUCACCCAUUGCUAUUAUCAAUUUACCCGUACAUAUAUAUCUAGCUACGAAAUAUAAAAAUAUACCAAUCGUAGCAAAAAAACAAACAA